AUGAGCACAGGAGCGUACUCCGGCUACUCAGAGUACUUCCACAACAAGGAACUCCAGCAGCUCGAAAGCGAUCUCCAGUUCAGAUCAAAGUACCAGCGCGAUCACAACAUCGCUCACCCAACCCUCUUCCAAAACUGCAUCAUAUACGUCAAUGGCCGCACCGUGCCAUCGCGACUCCAACUCCACAAACUCGUCAUCCUACAUGGCGGCACCUUUAAGCACUACCUCAGUGCUAAAUCAGCGGUAACCCACAUCAUCGCUUCGGAGUUGAACGCUUCCAAGAAAAUCUCUCUAGCAAACGCUAAAGUCGUGCUCCCAGAAUGGAUCACUGAGUCCAUCGCCAGAGGGAAACUCUUGCCCUGGCAAGACUUUCGCACUAUAAAAACUUCAAGGCUACAGGGCCAGAUUACAGACUUCGCUACCGUGCAAAACUGCAUGGACCCCAACUUCAUCGCUUCGUUCUUCAAGGCGUCCCGUUUGCACCAUCUCUCGAACUGGAAAGCCCAGCUCAGAGACCAGUUCGUCAAACAGCUCUUCGAUGACCAAGGUACAGCUGUGGCCCCGCAUAACAGCAAGGAAUACGUGUACUUUCACGUCGAUUUCGACUGCUUCUUCGCCCAGGUCUCAGCAAAGGUCGACGGGAAAUACGAUAUCCAUACCACCCCCAUAGCCAUCUCCCACGGAAUCAAGAACUCCGACAUCUCCAGCUGUAACUAUGUGGCUCGCUCGUUUGGAGUUCACAACGGCAUGUGGGUCUCGUCCGCUUUGAAACUUUGCCCCGACUUGAAAAUAUUGGACUACGAGUUCGACGAGUACGAAGUCGUAUCGUCUUUGUUCUACAACGCCUUGCGCGAAACAAACCUCUUCGACAUGGUCCUCCCUAUUUCUGUCGAUGAAGCCAUCUGCUGCAUGGCACUGGAACCGCACAUUACAGCGGAAUACCUCGUCAAGGCGUGCGACGAUAUCAGAUCCAGCGUCUACAAGCAAACGCAUGGCUACACCGUCAGUAUCGGAUGUGCGUCCUCCGUGCUACUCGCACGCUUGGCUCUACGCAAGGGUAAACCCAAUGGCUCGUACGUCGCCUGGUUUGACAACGAUAACGACAAGACACGUACUCAUUCGUUUAUCGACCAAUUCAGCUUAAAGGAUUUGCCCGGUAUCGGUUACAGCACAAACGAAAAGAUCCAACAAGAGUUUGGCAGCGAUAUUGCAACCGUAUCGGAUUUAAGACAAUGUUUGCAAGAUGUCUCAGGCCUAUCGAGACUCACCAAGCGUAUAGGCUCGAAAAAUACCAAAAAACUUGAGACGUACUUGAACGGUAACGACGACGAUGAAACGUUGAGCAUGGUUAAGGACCCACGCGCGUUCUUCCAGAAAAAAUCCCUUUCCGUAGAAGUAAACUACGCGAUAAGGUUCAAGACCAUCCAUGAGGCAGACACGUUCCUUGAAAGGCUAUCCCAGUAUCUUUGCGACAAAUUGAAAGACACCAGGGCAUUGACUAGGCAGGUUACUCUUAAACUGAUGAAGAGGGCUGCGGGCGCGCCCGUAGAGCCUCCAAAGUUUAUGGGUAUGGGUCGAUGCGAUGCCGUUAGUAAAAGUAGCACGCUCGGUGCCAGUACGGAUAAACAUGGCACCAUCGCGUCAGAGUGCAAGACCCUUUUCAGACUCUUGAGCGUGCCUCCAACAGAAGUGAGAGGAGUCGGUAUCCAGUUCCACAGGCUAACUGGAGACCCAGCUCAGCAGCAGCAAGGUGCAACUAAAAACGACAUAGCAUCGGACUUGUUGCAGAAGAGAAGGGCACGGUCAGAGGAGGUUGUGGCAGCACAAUUUGAUGUAGAUCCACACACCCCGCCAGCAAAGAGCAUUGCCAACUCGCCAAUCAAAAACUACUGGGACCGUCACCUCAAACGUAGCGUUACGCCCUUCGAGUAUGACUUCCCUGAAGAACUCGAUCCCGAGUUCAUGUCAAAUUUGCCGAAAGAAGUCCAAGAAGAAGUUCUUCUGCACCAUAAAGUAGCGAAAAGGGCGAAGAAAUCGCUUCGCUCCAAGGUUAACGGUGAUCCACAAAAGCAAAUCAAGCAAACUCAAGAUCUACAUUUCAUACAUGACGGAAGGCUCGUUCCGCCACUAUCAUUCCAAGGUUUAAAGUCAGUAAAACAAGUCUCUAAGACUCUUGUCGAUUGGGUAGAUGCGACCAUUGAGGCUGGUCCUCACGAUAAAGAUCUCCAACUCUUCAUGGACUACCUUGAAAAGUUGGCAGACCAAGGUCGCUCGCAUAUUAUCCUACAGUUGAUAAAAACAAUAAAAACAAGAAUCGAAGAUCAUUACAGCAUGGCACCAGCAACCACCAAUUUAGAAAAUUGGGAAUACUUGUUGCUUCGUAAACUCGUGCCCAUUCUAAACAGAACAAGGUCCGAUGUGGACUAUAAUCUGGUAUUUGAUCUAUGA